UACAUAAAAAGGAUGUAUGGGCGUUCCCACAUAAUUCAGUUUCAUUUAAUGUGAAGACUAGCGGAUCCAGCAACAAAGAUGAUAUUCCGUACAUGGCUGUCAGAUACUACCAACAACAAGAAGAAGAUGAUGGGCAAGGGAUACUCUCUGUUGGGCCAAAACUAAAACAAAUGGUAAAUAACAACUUGAUCCAGACGUGUGAUGGUCAGGGGCCUCCGGAAGCACGCAACCUACCUGAUGCCGAAUGCACUGCCAGUGAGAUUGAAGUCGAUGGAGCAAUUCAAAGAGCAUUGGAGAAAGGACAAUGCCCGGAGUUGUUCGGACAAACUUCAAUCAAUAAAAUAGGGGAUGAUGAGCCUGAACCAAUCCUGCCGUUUCCCAAAGAUCUUACACUGACUGAUAUUGAAACUGAGGUACUAUUUCGAGAAAUAGCGGAACAACUGGGAGAGGAUUGGGAACGUUUAGCCACAUAUUUAGGCCACCGCAGUAGCCACUUGUACGCAGUGAAAUGUGACAAUGCAGGUAAUGUUCGUAACCAGAUAUUCUGCAUGCUAGUCAGGUGGCAGCAAGGAUUUGGACCAUUUGGAGAGGCGGCUUUCAACACUUUAUCAUCUAGUCUGGAGAGUAUCACAAGGAAUGACCUGGUUGAGUUUUUAAAGCGAAGUGUUUCAAGAUAUCGAAGAUGACAAAGGCUUAAAGCUCUAGCUCGUAAGUCUUGGAAGAGAAUGUCUAUAUCGUUGACAAUGUUUUCAUUUAGUAGCAAUAUUUCAUGGUUGCCUACCAAAUUGGUCGCCAUCUUGGAUUUAAAGCAUGAUAAAAAAACAUACAUCAAAUGUUUCUUAUUAUGUUUUAAAAUGUUAUUUGGCUGAUAUAUCACUUUUCCCAAGGUGUACUAUUUGUGGCGGCCAUCUUGGAUAUACGCAGUUCAUCUGAUUCUUGUUUACUGUUAACAUACAUCCUAACUGUGUUUAAGGACCUUCACAGGCAUCCAAAAACAUUGGUGUGUGUUAGUUCUGGAGGAAUGCACGGGGUCCCCGUACAUAUUAGUGUUAUUACUUUAUUUCCUUACAUAUAAAUCUGCCCUUUUUAAAAUGGUGUUUUAAAUUGUUUGAAAGAGUUUUAUUUAUUUUUUAUUUAGUUAAGUACAUCCGGGAUUGGUUUCAUCCUGCAGUUUUUUGCACAUCAAAAUAUUUUUGACUGAUACGAUUUUGUGCACAAAGAAUGAGUAACAAAAGAUGAUUUUUGAGCAGUAGGCAUAUUACGCCCUGUUAAAAAGCAAAAUUCCAUUGAAAACCAUUAACCAAACUAAACAAACCCUUAUUAAAAAUUGUUCAAAGCCCAAAACAUAGAAAACAAAAAAAUAAUGGCGCCGACAUGGACGCAAUAUUUUAAACAACAUUUUAAAAACUUGUUGACUGAACACGGUGCGGGCGCCACGGUAUAAUAUUAUGGGGGCCCAAACUUUCUCGAAAGUUCGGAAUUCUUAUCAACUCCCAUAACUGGUGAUUUUGUCAUUAACAGCGUUUACAAAGCUCACUUUCAAACCAUUUUGUUUUAUUGAGUAAGUACAUGUACUUUACUUAAUAUUUCAACCACUUGACUCUUCGAGGUGAUAUUGCUUGGUGCCGAGUUUGUUAGUCAAUAAAAAGCCGGUGCCGAGUUUGUAUGGUGCCGAAAUUCUUGGUGCCGAGUGGGUGCCGAGAUGGCAAGGUGACGAGUUUGCAAGGUGGCGAAUUUGAAGGUGCCGAGUUUGCGAGGUGCCGAAGUGUUCGGUAUUCUUUUGAUGUAUUAUGCAAACAGCUUGUUCACUUUAGAUCCUUCUAAAAAAAGGGUGUUUUUGUUCAUGACUGUACGUGAUAUCGAUCAUGUAUUGAGUGACUUCAAAUCUAACAGUACUUACACAAAACAUACUGAUUGUUAUGUAAACUAUGCUGCAUAAAUACAUGUUAUCAAUUCUGGAUGGCAUUAGGUUUAAAUUCCAAUACGAUUUGCUUUCGCAAGGAAAUAUUUUGAGAUUCCCACAUUGCAAGAUCUUAAAACAAUGGACACAAUUAGUAAUUUUUAAAGACCAGUCUUUUCACUUGGUGUAUCUCAACAUAUGCAUAAGAUAACAAACCUGUGAAAA